CACAGGCGCGAUCCAAGCCCCUACUGUGUGCACUACCCCCCUGGCGCCCGUCAAGGAAACGCUCGAACCAGCAAGUAGAGCGCAAGACACACUCUGGGCGGCAGGUUCUCGCCCACCGGCCAAUGAAAAAAAUGUUUCCCAACUCCUCCUCCUCAUCGCUCCCCCUCGCGCCGCCGCCAGAGCAUAACCUCUUCGACGCUUCCGACGACGACGACGCUCUCGACUUCGUUUCUCCCUCUCCGUCACCUCGGCCUGCUGCUGCUGCCCCUGCUGCUGCUGCCAGGCCCGCUGCUCCCACACGUACCAACAGGCUCUCUGCCAACGGCAAGCAAAAGGAUAUAGAAAUGGCUCCUAUCGUGGGCCACCGCCGGCGCAAGAGCAGCUUGAUGCAGCCCGUCGGCGGCCAACACGGCCAGAGUGUCCAUCUCGGUCAGGUCCCUGGCCGGUCCAUCACGCCAAUCCGUGGCCAUGUUGCUUCUAGCAGUGUUGCCGAACAGCCCGGCAUCUUGGAAGACGACGGAGACAGCGGCUCAGCUUUUGAGCUAGACGAUACGAGCCGAGAUAGCUUCAGCGACGAAGAUAAUAAUGAAGAUGAGGAAAUGGGUCUGACGAGCGGAGAGAGGGCUGAGAAGCGAAAGAAGAAGCAGCGAAGCAUGCGCCUCGACCAGCGCAUCGUCCCGGAAAAAUCACCGUCUCCGAUGGGUCGAACGGCGGGGGACCAAAGCUUGAUGCGUCAAAUCAUGAUCAAUGGCGGCCUCAUCUUGCUCUGGUACCUUUUCUCCCUGUCGCUUUCAUUGUAUAACAAAUGGAUGUUUGACAAGGGCCGUCUCAAUUUCGAAUUCCCUCUCUUUACCACGUCGAUGCAUAUGCUGGUCCAGUUUGGCCUGGCCUCGACAGUGCUAUAUUUCAUACCGUCAUUACGCCCCGAUUAUAAGCGCACGUCCGACAAUGGACGGUCAAGACAUGAGGAAGAACCAAACUCGGGCUUGACCAAGAUGUUUUAUCUAACUAGAAUUGCCCCCUGUGGUGUGGCGACCAGUUUGGAUAUUGGUUUUGGCAACAUGUCACUGCGCUUCAUCAGUCUUUCAUUUUACACUAUGUGCAAGUCCUCUUCACUUGCAUUUGUUCUCCUUUUUGCCUUCCUAUUUCGACUUGAGGCCCCGACGUGGCGUCUUGUUGCUAUUAUCGCUACCAUGACAGCCGGUGUUAUUCUUAUGGUGUCUGGCGAGGUCAAGUUUGAGCUCGGAGGAUUCUUCCUCGUCAUCUCGGCCGCCUUCUUCUCUGGCUUCCGAUGGGCGCUUACCCAGCUUCUGCUUCUUCGCAGCUCGGCCACUUCGAACCCCUUCUCUAGCAUCUUUUAUUUGUCGCCCAUUAUGUUUGUGGUCCUCUUUGCCAUGGCAGUUCCCGUCGAAGGAUUUGGCCCGUUGUUUGCCGGGCUUGGCCGACUUGCCGAGAAGUUUGGAACGGCAGCGACGCCUUUCUUUCUGCUCUUCCCAGGAUGCAUUGCCUUUCUCAUGAUAGCAUCAGAGUUUGCACUGCUCCAGCGGACAUCAGUCGUGACACUGUCCAUUGCUGGCAUUUUCAAGGAAGUAGUGACCAUAUCGGCGGCAUCGGUCAUCUUGGACGACAAGCUCACCUUUGUCAAUUUCAUUGGCCUAGCUGUUACACUUGCCGCCAUCAUUGCCUACAAUUAUGUCAAGAUCACCAAAAUGCGAGCUGAUGCGGCUGCAGGUGUUUCCGGCGCCAAAUCUGGUGACUCCUUUCUACCUGUGCCCAGCAGCGACCCAGACAUUGAUGACUCGGACGAAAGCCACGGCCUUAUAUAUCAAGCUCCUGAUAUCGGCGAAUCGAGCCAAGCCAACUCUGCGGAUUUACAUCAUAAGACGCACGACUAACCUGAUACACAACUUCUUUUACACCCCAUACUUUGUCCUUUUAUUUUAGCGUUUCUAAAAGCAUCUACGGCGUUUCUCACAUAUCCACGGCUGGGGUUCUUUCUGUCACUAUAUAUACUCGAAUGGCUAUCAGUCUUUCCAUUUUGAGAUGGAAUAUAGCACCAUCUCAAUUUUUUCACAUUCUUUCCCUACCAUUUCUUUACUUGGGUACGCAAAGUACGGCGGCGGAUUUUGUAAAUAGAUGAGGUAUGUUGGGAUAUACCCCGUUCUUAGAUCUGCAUUAUUGAAUUGAUAUUCGUUGAGAAAUCGUGGUUCAUUAUUUUAUAUUCUAUAAGUGCUGUAUACAAGCCGUCCCAGAACGACCAACCAGAAACGCCAAACGCUUUUUGAAAAAAAAAAAAGCACACCAUCCGGCCCCGAAGCCAUGCAGUUCAUCUAACCAAGUAGUUUGAGACCGUUCUUGGUCUUCUGGCCAGGCUUCGUUACGCCACUGCCGCUCUUGGUGCCCUGGUGAGAGCCUUGACCAUUGUUUGCACGGUCAUUGCCACCCCGGUUCUUCUUGUUCUUAUGGUAGUUCUUGUCUUUUACGUUGGUGACCUUGAUUUCUGUAUUGGCUUUGCGCACAGUGACCGGGUGGCUCUGAAUGUACUUGCCAUUCAUUUCCUUGGCCGCCUGGAAGAAGUCGUCGGUGUCACUGAAGCUGACAAAGCCGUAUCCCUUGGACUUGUUUGUGCGCUUUUCGCGGAUGACGCGAGCCUUUUGUACCGAUCCCCAUCGCGAAAAGGCCUUGAGCAGAGACUCGUCGGUAGUCUCACCAGCCAGGUUGCCGAUGAAGAGACGCAGAUGUGAAGGAUCCCACUCUAGAAGGGUAUCAUCGCUCCAUUUCUUGCCGCCGCCUUCGCGUACAACUGUCUUUUGUCGGUCGACUGGGCCAUCAGCAGCUUUCAGGAGCUCGGGGGCAAUCGGCUUGCCGUCCUUAUCUACCGCAUCGCGAGGCACAUAGGCGCUUUGCCACUGCGCAAUCUGCGCUGCCAUUUCGGGGUCGUAGUUGGCAGACUGGUACGUGGAUGCUGCUGCUGGUGCGGCUCCCGGGAUGGGGAACGGGUUCUGGAUUUGUGGUACGGCGGAGUAAGUCUGCGCACCAUAGCUUUGAGGUUGCUGUCCGUAGCUGUGGGCAGAAGCUCCCCUCACCGCGCCGCCAGCGGCGGGGUACGAUUGGUAAGAAGCGCCAUGCUGGGGCUGUUGUGCGCCGUAGCCGUAGCUUGUUGGGGCGGCAGAGGAUGUUGCGUUUCCAGCGUAGGAUGUCUGGGGCUGCUUUUGCUUGGCAACUGAUGUGGGAGUGAAGGCGAAUGCGGGCUUGAAGGUCGACUUGCUGUUGUUGCUAGCGGGCGGGCGCGCAGGAAGCGAGUUGGUGCCUGGAGGUGGUGGGAAGGACAUGAUGAACAAACGAGAUUCCGACGAUGCGCGGGUUGGUGUUUGUUUCAAGUUCCACGUACCUUUUUGAGCAGAGUUGCCAACUGGUGCUUCAAAGGAUGUACGCACUAUCUGUUUGUAACAGACACAAAGGGGGAAAAACGGCCCUGCUGCGAGACGUGGGAUGUAGGAUGAUAUGAUGAAAAGAAAGAUUGAAAGAGGUAGGCAGAUAAUAGAGGAUGGGCUGUUGAUGCGGAUCCACAUUAAUCCGGUAGGCUGCGUUGGGUGCUGGAC